AUGGUCAUCAAGCGCAUGUGGGAUGAAACGAGCAUGACCGUGGCCGUCCGGAACGCUGAACUGGCCAAGUUCCUUCCAGCGUUCGCAGAGUCCAUGGUGGAGCUGCCUACGAUCGCUAGCAGUGGCAGGAAGCACUACGCGGUGCAGUCGUUCCAGCAGCAGUGCUUCAUGCGGUGGGGGCCCUCCGAGGACGAGUCCUGCCACCUGGCCGUGCCGAUGCGGAUUAUUCCUUCGACGACUGCAUCUGCCAUUUUCUCUGGGCUGAACGGAUCAUCCAGGCACCUCUCCCUGGAGGCGCUCUCCGACAUGGCCCGCCACGUGCGCUUCAUGGCCCUUGUCGUGUUCCCAGAUGCCUUGGCGGCGAACCGCCUCUGCAGUCUUUUUUACCACUAUCCCUGGUUCGGGCCCUGGUGUGGGAGGGGCGAUGCGUUUGCCAUCAACUCCACAUGGUUGGCGACAGUGGGCUCAAGGGGCUGGACAUUUUGA